AUGGAUGUGCCCCUCAUCCUUGGAGAGGAUGAGUUCAUGCUACGGAUUGAUCCAGUACCGAUCAAGAAAAUUGAAGCAGAGGUUAACGUGUUUACCCUGCCGGAUUUUAUGACGACUUUGACUUAUGAAGGCUGUGCCAGGCCUUAGAAAUCCAAAUUAUUUACGCCUUCCUAUCACCAGAAGCAAUCAGCUCGAUUCCAUUUUUCUUCGGCGACCUGUUUAUCAUGGUCAGAUCCCAACGUAUCCGUGAUGAUCCAAAGUUGUUUCCAGCAUAACCCGCAUUGCAAGAAUUCGGCGAGUUUUGCGAAUUCGUCAUUUAAAACUUGCGGGUAUCCAAUUCAAGCAGCCGAAAAAUUAAGGCAGCGCUUAUCUGCGGCUGGAAUCCGUUCCGUUUCGUCUCCAGCAACGUUUACGGCUAUCCUGGAAGCUGCUGUUGACGUCAGGGAAUGA